CUCCCCGACGCAUACAUCCACCAUCCCCUUCCCAUUCUCAAAUCCUACUUUCAUCUCAUAGCUCACGAAUUGACUCACCCAUACUUUCAUUCUCUUUCUUUGAGCCAGACCUGCAAUGUCAGGCAACGUCAGGGCGCGCAGGCCAGCGUCUCCACCACCGGGCUAUGGCUAUCCGGCCCCGCACAAGUACCCUCCAGCCAGCCACGGCUACUCCGACGCGGACGAACGGAGGGAGGCAGCAGCGAGGGGGAUGGGGCCAACUAGAGCGAAGGCGGCGGCGGCGAACUUGCCUGGUGGACUGAACAUUACGCCUGGAGAGUGGAAGUUGCUCGUGGUCAUCCUGCUGGUUGCAUGCUCCGUGCGGUUGUUUAGGCUCUCAAAGCCAGACAGCGUGGUUUUCGACGAGGUCCACUUUGGCAAGUUCGCGGGCUGGUACAUCAAGACGCGUUACUUCGUGGACGUGCAUCCGCCUCUUGCCAAGAUGCUAAUCACUCUCGCCGGUUGGAUAUUUGGAUUCAAUGGAGACUUUGACUUCAAGGAAAUCGCAAAGCCUUUCGAGAACGUCCCCUACGUCGCUAUGCGCUUGGUCCCAGCCAUGCUCGGCGUCGCCACCGUCCCCAUAUCCUACCUCACCCUCCGCGCGCUCGACUGCCGCGCGACGACCUCCCUCCUCGCCGCCCUCUUCAUCACGUUCGAAAACGGCCUCGUCACACAGUCGCGGUACAUCCUCCUCGACUCCCCGCUCGUCUUCUUCACCGCCCUCACCGCGCUCUGUUUCGUCGUCUUCUCGAACGAGGACCGGCGUGAGCCCUUCUCCGACCGGUGGUGGGUCUGGCUCGCGUUCACGGGGCUCUCGCUCGGCGCGGUCGUGUCGUGCAAGUGGGUCGGCCUGUUCACGAUCGCGACCGUCGGCGUGUGCACCGUGCUGCAGCUGUGGUUCCUGCUCGGCGAUCUGCGCGUCACGCCGCGCAUGUGGAUGCGGCACUUUGCCGCGCGCGCGAUCUGUCUUAUUGGGAUUCCGAUCGUGUUUUAUAUGUUCAUGUUUUCGAUCCACUUUGCGAUCCUGGCGAACCCGGGAGAUGGAGACUCGUUCAUGAGCUCGGAGUUUAGGUCGACGCUUGGGAGGGGGAUGCGGGAUACGUAUGCCGACGUCGCGCUCGGUUCGGAGAUCACCCUCAAACACGCCAACACCGAUGGCGGGUACCUCCACUCGCACCCGCACAACUACCCCAUUGGCAGUGAACAACAACAAGUCACGCUCUACCCGCACCAAGACUUCAACAACGUCUGGCGCGUGCUCAACGCGACCGUGGACGACGACCCACAAUACGACUGGGCCAACGACCCGCUCGAAUACAUCCGCGACGGCGCGCGCAUCAAGCUGCGGCACAUCGCGACGGACAAGGCUUUGCACUCGCACGAGGUGCGCCCGCCCGUGUCGGACGUCGACUUCCAGAACGAGGUGUCCGGGUACGGCAUGGCGGGGUGGUCUGGGGACCUCAACGACGACUGGGUCGUGGACAUCGACCAUGGCUCGCGCGGGGAUCGCGAGAGCGGGGAGCGGGUGAAGGCGCUCAAGACGUAUUUUAGGCUGAGGCAUCUUAUGACGGGAUGUGUGCUGUUUUCGCACAAGGUUAAGCUGCCUGAGUGGGGGUUUGAGCAGCAGGAGGUGACGUGCAAUAAGCAGGCGGCGAAGCCGAAUACGCUGUGGUAUAUCGAGACGGUGGCGAAGCAUCCGCAGUUGCACGAUGACGCGGAGAUGGUCAACUACGAAAAGCCCGGGUUCAUUGCCAAGUUCUGGGAGCUGCAGAAGGUCAUGUGGAAGACGAAUGCCGGGCUGACUGCACGCCACGCAUACGACUCGCGCCCUGCUACCUGGCCGCGUCUCCGUCGCGGAAUCAACUUCUGGGUGAAGGACGGUCGUCAGGUAUACCUGAUUGGAAACCCGUUCAUCUGGUACAUGAGCACGCUCUCUGUCCUGGGCUACGUCGCCGCGCGCGGGUUCCUCAUUCUUCGCGCCAAGCGCGGAUACCGUGACUUUGACAACAGCAAAGCGAUGAAAUACGACGCGGUGCUCGGCUUCCUCUUCCUCGGGUGGGCGAUGCAUUACCUCCCGUUCUUCCUCAUGGGCCGGCAGCUGUUCCUGCACCACUACUUCCCCGCGCUGUACUUUGCCGUGCUCCUCACGUGCGGCGUAUUCGACCUCUGCACGGCGACGUUCCGCCCGCGCGUGCGGCUGCAGAUCGCGGCGGUGCUCGCGCUCGUUGCGAUUGUGGUGUUCGCGCGGUACAGCGCGCUCGCGUACGGGUCGGAGUGGACGCGGGGGAAGUGCGAGGCGGCGAAGUUGGGCAAAGGCUGGGAUUUUGAUUGUAGCACGUUCCCGCAUGCGUAUGAUCAGUACAAGACUGCUGGUGCGACGCCGCAUGAUUCUGCGGCGCAGGCUACGGUCGGCGGUGAAUACGGUGGGCGCGCGCCUGUCGCUGUGAACGAGCCCGUCGCGGGCGCCGGGGGCGACGCCGCCAACCAGGCGGGCCAGGGCCAGGCGAACCAGGCAGGAGCGGAGAGCAGCGCGGCGCCCGCGUUGGGCGCGCCAGAGCCGGGGCGCGAUAUCUUUGAGGAGCACCCACAGAAGGCGAUGGCGUCGAAGAGCGUCGCGGCGGACGAGGCUGCGGCGAGAGAGAGGGAGAGGGAGAAGGAGGAUGAGGAGAGGGAGAAGGAGAGGGAGGUUAGUGUGGUUGUGCAGACGCCGGUGGUUACAGUGGUGUCAAAGGCGGAGGAGAAGGUGGUGGUGGAUGAGAAGAAAAAGGAGACGCCUGUGGGAUUCGAGGGCGAUGAGAAGACGGAGGAGGAGGAGGAGAAGGAAAGUGAGGAGACGACCACUGGCACGGACAAAGAGCCUGAGGCCGAGACCGAAGCUGAGGUAGAGGUGGAGAAGACGUACAAAAAGCCAGCGGGGCCGCUGGGCCACGAGGAGCAGAUCGCCGACCAGAUUGCUCAGGAGCUGUAUCCUGAAGCUCUUGAUGACGAGUGAGCGUGUUCUAUGUUCUUGCCUAGUUGUCAGGUGUACGGUCUCUGCUCUGGCUGUGCAGAUAGAGGGAUGGAAGGCCCGGAAGCUCUAUAAUGUUCUCUUAAACGCUAUUUAUUAAUCUCGAGGUACAAUAUUUAGUGAUUAUACUGUUAGCGUCGAGUACGAAGCUGCUUGCAACUCCC